AUGAAAACCCUAAUAGUAUGGUGCCUUGUAUCCCAGGUAAUCAUUCUAGCGGGAAACUCAGCCGAGAAAGGAGACGUUGAUUUCUCCAUAGUCAUAAAAAACGAAAUGUACAACUUCAAAAAACCGGCGGUUUUUUACCAUUGCCGAUCCUCAAAGAAAGAUCUCGGAUGGCACACAUCGCAUCCAUCGUCCGAGUUUCGUUGGACCUUCGAAGUUCCUCAGUUUGGUAACGGCGUGAUGAUCCACAACUGUGAGUUCAGGUCGAGGCUAGGAACAGCGAAAAUUGAGAUCGAGACGUUGUCUACUACGGCUAUUCUUUGUGACGGGCAUACAUGCAAAUACGUGAUUAGACGUAAUGGGAUUUAUUUCGUUGGUUAUGAGUUGUAUUAUCCACUUGGAGGUUUUGUUGAGCUGUCUAGGCCUGUUGUGAAGCUGAUUGAGCCCUGGACGCCUUGGUCACCGCAUCAAUUGAAAGCCUUGGGCAUUAGUAAGCAGCACCUUUCUUGA